AUGCAGCAAAUUCUCAAACCAUUUCAAAUAACAAGGAAAUUCACUUCAGCCGUUAAAAAAUUUAGGCAGUGGAGACUAGUGGAAACAAGGAAGGUCCCUAAACAGCCGGACUACCAGGUCGGUGAUAUUAAGCCUCUGCAUAUGCCAAAGGAGAGAAAAAAGUUUCCAGAUUAUAAAUACGGGGAAUCUGGUAUCUUUAAACAAAGUAAUAAAGGCUUAUAUGGUGGAUCUUUCAUUCAGUUUGGUAACAAUAUUUCCGAAAGUAAAGCUAAAACAAGGAAGAAGUGGCUGCCAAAUGUUGUGAAAAAAGGUCUAUGGAGUGAGACUCUUAAUAGAAAAAUCAGUAUUAAGAUGACUGCUAAAGUUUUAAGAACAAUCAGUAAAGAAGGCGGGAUUGACAAUUACCUAACGAAAGAAAAGGCUGCAAGGAUAAAAGAAUUAGGACCCACAGGUUGGAAAAUGCGCUUUAGAAUCUUAAAGAGGAAAGAUGCGAUAGAGAAUUAUCCACACAAGGGUGCCCCAAUCGUAGAAACGGCAGAUGGUAAGAAGGUCAAAAUUUACUAUGAUGAAGUGAUAAAUGGCAAGCAAAGAAAGAUAUCAGUCGGAAGAAGAAAGUUACUGGCGUUUUUGUAUCCCUUAGAAAAAUUGAAACACAAGUCCAUAGGGAAAGAUUUAGAUCACAGAAAGUUUGUAGAGCUAUUUGCCGACGUUCCAACCAAAGAUAUCGUAUCUAAAUUGGAGCAACACGACUUUGAUUUAUCAGCCAUCACUGUAUAA